AAAUAUCCACUCUGGGUCAAAUUCCCUCGGUCAUUUCGAUCGUUGAAGGAUCAUCGAAGGGUCCUGUACCAGUUUUUCAGCCUGCCUUUACAAAAAAUACAUCGAAUACAUUUAUUUCGGGAAUAGUAACGAAAAUCGGGGGAUUCUGUACCCCAAAGUCCACAAACCACAAACAUGUCGAUCCUAAACUGUGACAACACGUGUCGCCACUCAAUUAAAUGCAAAUUUCGACAAUUCAUCUCGGGUCCUCACACGUCCCUUUCAAAUAUUUUCAUGAUUCAGAAAAGUCUCCGCAAUAUUGAUAUUGAUGACGUUUAUUUAGAGAAAAAGCCCAUUGGAAUUUCACUGAAAGUUUAUCCAAAAAAAUGACACUCCGGAUUUAUUGCAUGCGUGUUGGACGAGAUUAUUCUAUCUCCGCGAAUGUCAAUCAAACGCAUGGUACGAGUAUCGAUUGAUAGUGAGUGCACAAUGAGACGGAGAAAAUUCGACUGCCAUUUGUAACGAACGAAGUGAACUGUGAACCGUCUUAGAAAUAUAUCAAAUAAAUGUAUAAAUAGAGAAUAAAUACAACAAUAUAUUAAAUAAUGAAAUUUAAUUUGUCGAUUGUUCGGGAUGUAAUGACAAUUAUUCUCCUCGCCUUAUUAAAUCAUGUUGAAAGUGACGUGAUAAAUCUUGAAGGGAGAGGUCUCCACAGACUGCCCGAUAAUGUUUCUCCAACCGCUUACGAAUUAUGGCUGUACCCUCAUCUGAAGUUGAACAACUUUACGUAUGAGGGUCGGGUAAUUAUAAGCCUCUACGUCAGUGCAAUGACAAACUCCAUUACCCUAAACGCAGAUGGAUUAAAUAUCAUGGAAGAAAAGAGCGAGUUCCGCCAAGGGAACAAUACGAUCCCUAUUUUUCUCCAAGAAUUGGACGAAGAGAAACAGUUCUACACGAUCUCACUGAUUUCCAGGAUCGGAAUCGGCAAUUACACCUUGCGACUGGAUUUCAGUGGAGAAAUACGAGACGAUCUCUUUGGAUUUUAUCGAAGUGCCGUCAAAGACGGGAGCAAAACGAGAUGGAUGGGCGUUACACAGUUCUCACCAACUUUUGCCCGUGCCGCUUUUCCUUGCUUCGAUGAGCCACACUUGAAAGCAAACUUUCAGCUCCAUCUUGGACAUUAUAAGGAUGAGAGAGUCACAUCAAAUACGUAUCCACUCGUCACCACCCCGACAGAUAUUGCUAAUUAUACACUGACGACAAUGUUGAGAACACCGAAAAUGUCGACGUACCUUUUUUGCUGGUCAAUUCACAAUUUCGAGUACGAUGGAUUAUCGAAUAUUUCAUUCUUUGGAAUUUGGACGAGAAGUUCAAUGAAUGGAAAAGGCAAUAAAGCUCUAGAAAACGGGUAUAAAAUAUAUUCGAGCCUUCAGUCAUGGAUGAAUAUUGGAAAUCCCGUGAAUAAAGUAGUACACCUCGCCGUACCUGAUUUCCACUUUUCCGCUAUGGAAAACUGGGGAAUGAUAACUUUCCGCGAAUCUGCUCUUCUCCACGGGGAGAACGUGACCUCCACGGAGACAAUUCACAAGGGAUUGACUACAAUGGCUCAUGAAUAUGCUCACACAUGGUUCGGCAAUCUAGUGACUCCGAAGUUUUGGACAGUCGCGUGGCUGAAGGAGGGUUUCGCUACUUAUUUCGCUUAUAUCGCAAGAUCACUUGUUGAUCCUGGCCUGAGAUCCAUGGAUCUAUUCGUCGUUGAAAAUCUGGAGAGCGCACUUGCCGAGGAUUCCAGAAAGCAUCUGAGAACUAUGAACGGAAAAGAUGUUAGUGACAAGAAUAGUUCUCUGAGUAUCAUGGAUUUUGUUCCUUACAAAAAAGGUUCCUCCGUGAUUCGAAUGAUUGCAGAAUUGAUGGGCAACCAAUCAUUCCAAACGGCGAUGAGAUCUUACUUGAAGGACAGAUCCUACGACUACGGUACACCAUCACUGCUUUACGAUCAUCUUCGAAGGUAUCCGGAUGGAUUGGUAACUCCAGUUGACUUGGGAGAAGUGAUCGAAAGUUAUGCCAAUCAGCCGGGCUAUCCUCUCAUAACUCUGACCAGAGAUUACUCUUCAAAUUCUCUGACUAUCAGUCAACAAAGGUUUUAUCAAAAUCCGAAUUAUGGGUACAGAAAAAAUUCUACAUGGUGGGUUCCAUUGAGUCUAACAACUCAAUAUGGAUUUGACGCCGAUGUAUCAGGUUUUGGCGCAAUUUGGCUGAGAAAAAAUCAAAUGACAAUAACGAUAAACGUCGGGAAUAUUAGUACAGGAGGAUGGAUCAUAUGUGACCGUCACAAAGUUGGCUAUUAUCGUGUGAAUUACGACCCACAGAAUUGGAACAUGUUAACAGAACAUCUAGUGUCCGGAGGGUGCGAUAGGAUUAAUCAGGUGGCACGAGCAACUAUCCUUGAUGAUGCUUUCAAUUUAGCCCGUGGUGAUUACAUUAAUUACAGUGUACCAUUUCGUCUUGCUCGGUAUCUCAUUGACGAAACCGAGUACGAACCUUGGCUAGCGGCAAUCAACUCCUUCGCUUUCUUGAAUAAAAAUUUCCAACAUCUGCCCGUCCUUCGCGAUUCUAUACAGGAUUAUGUGAGACGUCUGUUGGUGCCGAUUUAUCAAUCUUUAACCUUCACUGCAUCAGGCCCAAAUUCACUUCGGGUGAAACUUUUCCGACAGCUGAUACUAUCCACUGCAUGUGCUAUGGGCAAUGAGCAUUGUUUAAAUACCGCGAAUUCACUAUUUGAAAAGUGGAUUAAAGAUCCUUCGGAGAGGAUUGAUGCAGAUAUGAAAAGUAUUGUUUAUUGCGUUGGAAUUAGGAGAGGUGGGGAAUGGGAGCGAGUGUUUGAAAGAUUUUUGAGAGAGGAAUUACAUACCGAAAAGGAGGUAUUGAUUGGUGGACUCGGCUGCACGAACAACUCUGCUUUCAUUACACGGUAUUUAAAUUUCAUGAUGAAUGAUACUGCGCAAUUACCUAAGCAAUACCGUUUGAAGAUAGUGGAGUCCGUCUUGAAUGGGAACCCGGAGAAUGUAGAAUAUACUCUAAAUUAUCUAUCCAAAAAUGUGCGAAAAAUCAUAAACAUAAGAGGCUUUCCUUUUCUGGAUAAAAUGAUCGCUGCAAUCGCAGAUCGAAUCACAUCAUUAAAAAACCUACAAGCGUUCUUAUCAAUUAUCGAUAACAACGCAAGUGUUUUGAAACCGUCAGAGGGUAAGGCGACGAAAGCAAUUGCUGAUAUUCAAGCGAAUCUUCUGUGGAUACAAAAAUAUUCACCGAUUAUUGAAAAAGUUAUUAAAGAAAUCAUGUGUAACGAAAUGGCGUAUCUUCUAUCACUCCUCGCGGCCAUUGUCGCGGUGACUUGCGCAGGAAUUAUUCCGCCAUCAGAAGAUGAAUUUUUAGUUACUAAAGCUGCACCUGAGGCUCCUGCCAACCCUCUGGACUAUCGACUGCCCACCAAUGUCGUUCCUACUACCUAUGAAAUUAAGCUCGCACCUGAUCUUGAAAAUUUCACUUUUAAGGGUGAAUCGAAAAUAAUGCUCUCUGUGAAAAAGGCGACUAAACAAAUCGUCUUGCAUGCGAAGGAUUUGAAAAUCACUUUGGCAGUACUGCAUGUGCUAAAUGGGACAACCCAUAUUUCAAAUGUAGCAACAACCGCAUUACCCAUCAACACGACCAAUGAUUGGCUUGUCAUCAAUUUAAUAGAACAAUUAAAUAUUACCGGAACUUACCAAUUGGAAUUACACUACGAGGGUACAUUGAAUGAAGACUUGAAAGGCUUUUAUCGUAGUUCUUAUAUUGAUGAUUACGGCAAAAAAAGGUGGUUAGCGACGACGCACUUUGAACCCACGUCAGCGCGUCUUGCAUUCCCCUGUUGGGAUGAACCACAUUUGAAAGCAAAGUUCACCAUUUCGAUCAAGCACCCGAAGAAACUCCACGCCCUUUCCAAUUCGCAUUUAGUGUCAAUUACUCCUGAUGUAACUGAUAAAACAAGCUUUAUAACACAAUUCGCGGAAACACCAGCAAUGUCGACUUACUUAGUGGCUUUCGUCGUCUCAGAUUUUGAAUCUUUAUCGAAUAAGGAAGGAACGUUCACCGUAUGGGCAAGACCAAAUGCUAUCCGACAUGGUGAAUUCGCCUUGGAUGUCGGUGAAAAAGAGCUGAAAGAACUAGAAAAAGCGACCAAUAUAGCAUUCUCUACUCAUGGAUUCACAAAAAUGGAUUCGAUUGCCAUUCCUCAAUUUGCUGCUGGCGCCAUGGAAAAUUGGGGUCUCGUUACGUACAGAGAGUCAGCACUUCUGGUUGAAGAGGGUGUGACAACGACUACAGCUAAAGUGAAUGUUGCUUCGACUAUAAGUCACGAGUUGGCUCACCAGUGGUUUGGAAAUUUAGUCAGUCCACAGUGGUGGCAAUACACAUGGUUGAAUGAGGGUUUUGCCACUUAUUUCCAAUAUAUCAUCACAGACUUGAUUGAACCGACGUGGAGAAUGAAAGAACUUCAGGUGGUUGUAGCUCUUCAAGAUCGUGCCUUUCCAAGUGAUAGUGUCAAUACAACAGUAGACAUGAAUCACGAUGUGAGCAGUCCAACUGAAAUUAGCGCCAAAUUCAACAGCAUCUCUUAUCAAAAGGCCGGUUCCAUCAUCCGCAUGAUAAAUCAUGUGUUCGGAGAAGAGAAAUUCAAAAAAGCUCUGCAAGCAUAUUUAUCGAAAUAUAAGUCUGGCACCGCAACAUCUGACCAGUUGUUCGCGGAAUUCGCAACGGUAUCUCCAACUCUGCCAGGAACGCAAAUAAAACCACAAGUUAUUCUCAAUGAUUGGGCAACUACACCAGGAUUUCCAUACAUCACUGUCACGAGAAAUUAUACAACAGGAAAAGCGACGAUUAAACAGGAACGUUACCUGUACAAACCAGAGGAGAAAUACAAUGAAGUCUAUUACGUGCCGAUUAAUUACGCCUCGGAGAAAAAAGAUUUUGAGGAUACAAGCGUAAACAUUUGGUUAGAAAAGAACAAGCCUAUUGUCGAUCAUGAUCUGAAACUGGCGAAAGACAAAUGGGUUAUCUUCAAUAAACAGCACUUCGGAUACUAUCGCGUCAACUACGAUGAGAAUAAUUGGAAACUCAUUACCGAGUUUUUGAAGACUAAGAAUUACACGGAUAUUCAUGUACUCAAUCGAGGACAAGUAGUUGAUGAUGCACUGAAUCUUGCGAGAAUUGGAAAACUGACCUACCGAACCGCAUUUGGUCUGCUGGACUUCCUUAAACAGGACUUCGAUUACGUACCGUGGCAUUCUGCACUGACUGGUUUUGCUUAUUUGCAGAAAACUCUGAAACAAAGUGCGAUCUAUAACAGCUUCAAGCAACAUCUUCUUGCGUUGUUGGGACCCGUCGUGAAUAAUGUCACCUUCUACGAAUCGCCAGCGGAUGGUUAUUUGCGAAAGCUUUUGAGGGUAAAGGUCUUGGAAUCCGCGUGUGCACUUGGAUCCAAACCAUGCAGAGACCAGGCAUCAAAAAAUGUUACAGACUGGCUCAAAGAUCCCAAAGCAUACCCACUUUCGCCUGAUCUAAAGGGCGUCGUUCUCUGCGCGGCUGUUCGCAAUGCCGAUCAGGCACUGUGGAACAAACUCUACGCCAAAUAUUUAGCUGGUGAGGAGAAUGCUCUCCUCAGGGCCCUAGCAUGUUCCUCCAAUAAUAAAAUCUUGGAGGGAUACUUGACCAAAGCCCUGAGUGCAUCCGUUAGUACCGAGAAUCGUGACGAAAUUUUUUCGGCUGUCACCACCAGUAGCGAAGAAGGUGUUAAUAACGUAGCACUUGAUUUCGUUCUUGCAAAUGCAAAUAAAAUCUACGAACUAUCUGGGAACACCACCAAAAGCCUCAAGACGUACGUCACCAAUAUUGGAUCUCAAAUCAGUAGCGCAGCACAACUUAAAAAGUUGAAGGAGACUACGGAUGAACGCGUCAAGAGUGUAUUCACGGACGCUAUUAAUUAUGCUCAGGAGUCCCUCGACUGGUUAAAUACGCACGAAAAACAAUUCACGGAAUAUUUCAAGAAAACUAAUUCAAACAACGGAGAUGGAAAUUCAGCUGCAGCCGUCACCUGGUCUGCUCUCUUAUUUACACUGUCAUUUACAGUGUCUCAAUUGUAUUAAAAAAUCAGCCAAUCAUGUCACAAAUGUUUAGAUAUGUACGUAAACAACGAAUUCUGUAAAUAAAGUGAAUAAAGUAUGAUUUAACAUUUGA